ACGUCACGAGCACUUUCGGUUUCGGGGCGAGUGUGGGACCUCCCACGGCGGGAUAGUGUCCGCAAUCACUUCUUCCUGUGAGACGGUCCGAUCAGAAGGCGAAAACACUAAAGCCAUGCCUCCAAAGAGAAAGGCAGCUUCAGCUGCGAAAGCCGGUGGGAAGAAGAUCAAAGAGGAGGCUGCUGGACCAAAGGAUGCUUUCAGGACUGCUAAAGAGGCGCUGAAGGUAGCGGCACCAAAGGAAAAAGGCAAGCGAAAGGCGGAUGCGUGCUUCGAGUUCCGGUACGGUGGGGCCGAGGUCUAUGAAGAUUACGACUGCAUGCUCAACCAGACCAACGUCGGUCAGAACAACAACAAGUUCUAUGUCAUUCAAGUUUUACAAACAGGAGAUGGACAGUUCUACUGCUGGACAAGAUGGGGUAGAGUGGGAGAAACGGGUACAUUCAAGGCACCUGGAAGCUAUGCAAGUCCUGAAAAGGCGAUCAGCGAGUUUGAGAAGAAGUUCAAGGACAAGACGAAAAACAAGUGGUGUGAUAGGGAGAAUUUUGUUUCUCAUCCUGGGAAAUACACGCUUAUAGAGGUGGAUGGAGACCAGGAUGCGGAGAUCAGGGCGGAUGCAGUCGAUGGCUCGGUGUCCAGAGUGGUGAAGAACAUCCUUCCCUGUUCACUGGACAGUUCCACACAGAAGCUUAUUGAACUCAUCUUCAGCAAUGACAUGUUCAAAGAAGCCAUGGAACACAUGAACCUGGACAUUAAAAAGAUGCCUCUUGGAAAGCUGAGCAAGGCUCAGAUCGCCAAAGGCUUUGAAGUUCUGGAGGAGCUAGAGGAGGCCCUAAAGAAGAAAGGCAAGAAGGCCGACCUCGAAAACCUCUCCUCCAGGUUCUUCACCAUCAUCCCACACAACUUUGGCCGGCAGAAGCCUCCAGUCAUAGACACUUCAGAAAUUUUGGAAAAAAAGAAAGAGAUGCUGUUGGUGUUGGCUGAUAUCGAAAUUGCUCAAGGUCUCAAAGCAGAGACUGAGAAAAUCAAAGAGGAGAUGGUUGAAGAUGUCCCCCACCUAGCUGAUCGGAAUUAUUCAUCAUUAAAAUGCAAUCUCACUCUACUGGGCAAAGAUACAGAGGAUUAUAAGAUAAUAGAAACAUACCUGAAAGCGACAGAAGCGGGAUACAAACUGAGUAUUAUUGACAUAUGGAAAGUAGACAGGCAUAAUGAGGCAGAGCGAUUCAAGGAACAUGAAGGAAUGGACAACAGGCGGCUGCUGUGGCAUGGAACCAAUGUGGCUGUGGUAGCUGCCAUCCUCAAAAGUGGCCUGAGGAUUAUGCCUCAUUCCGGUGGACGCGUUGGCAGGGGCAUCUAUUUUGCUUCUGAGAACAGAAUGUCUGCGGGCUUUGUACGUACAUCCAAAGGCACUGGUGUGAUGUUCCUCAAUGAGGUCUGCCUUGGGGAGGAGUACACCAUCACCAGAGAUGACUCGAGCCUCAGAAGCCCUCCCAAGGGUUACGACAGUGUGGUUGCUCGUGGACAGUGUGAACCAGAUCCCUCUAAGGACAUCUCCAUCACCAUCGACGGUAAGCGUGUGGCUGUUCCACAGGGACCCCCUCUUGAACAACCACAGUAUAAAAACAGUUUCUUUUACAACAGCGAGUAUCUCAUCUACAAGGAGAGCCAGUGUCGCAUCAGAUAUCUCCUGGAGCUCAAGUUCCCAUAUUAGAUGAUAUAUAUGACGUUAAGUGAUGGUUUCUUAGAAGUGCCCAUUAUUAUCAGACACUUUCCUGUGCCUUAUUCUUUCCCACUAUGGGUAUGCUCUUGCUCUGGGUUUCCCCUGUGGCCUCCUACAGCAUUCCUGGCUGCUAAAAUUUCCUUCUAUUAUUCUAUAAAAAUCAUAUAUAAAUGCAAAUUUGUAUGAAUGUUUGACACACAUAUGUAACAUCUACACUUCAGUGAUGCUCAAAUGAGAGGAAGGAGACUUCCUCUGAAGGCGGAAGUGUUACAGCUCAGGUGUGUCAACUUCAAGGAGUGACUACAUGGGAAGUUGUGGGGGACAAAUGCAUACCAAGUUUUAUUCUUUGCAUAGUUCUUAAACAAUAGUAACCAAGACAUUAAAACGGAAUGGUAUUUUCCAUAAUAAUCAAUGGCUCUUAGUCAUAAACAAACACAGCUUAGUGCAAACUAGGGCAAUGCUUCCACAAACUGACUAAAGUUCAAGCAAUUUAUAAAAUCCAAAAACUAAACCUGCUCACAAAAGCAGUUUUCUCUCAGCUUCUCACAUGCUACCAAAAAGGAGAGGGGAAAAAAAACUGCCUUCUCCAGUCUGUCUUAGAGUCCUCAACUUCCAGAUUGGCCACACACACCUGGUGCUUGAUUUCCUCCCAGUGAGCCAGGUGCAACUCUGAGCUUCUGCCACAGAGGCUUUAGUUGUUGCUUUUUCCGUCUUGGAAAGUUUCAACCCCCGAAGGUGUUCUUGGGAAGCAAAGAGAAAAUGUCGCAGAACAGUGCCUCCGGUUUUGGCCACUACUGUAACAGAACCACAGAGUUUGUUUCGGUGUAGCCCUCCAGCAGUCCUGUUCCCUGCGCACAAUCACUGAACACACACUGUUGUCCCAUUGCGUCUGUCGCAUAGUGCAGACUGCAUGUUCACACCUCAGGUGGGAAGACACUGGGUCUUCUUCAGCCCUGAGCUCAUCAUUUAUUUAUUCAACAUAUGGCCCCAUUUAGAGAGGCUUUACUCAUCGACGCUUCCCCUCCUGGGAUAUUUGCUGCUGCUGUUGUGCGUUUAUUUAGCAUAUGUUCUCUUCCAAGGUGGCUUUGUUUAAUGACAGCUUUGGCCCUUUUAGGUAGAUACCACACUAUGUCUAUGUCUUGAGAGUGCAAUCUGCAGAUGUUUUUACUACAUUGUUCUUAUUGAAGUGUUUGGCUCAAACAAGAUUGCAUAUUCAUUAUUGGUGAUGCGUGCGCUUAUAUAUGUACUGUAUGAACCUCAGAGCACGCAUUUCUGAAGGGAAUUAACCAUCAUGGAUCAUUCUAAACUGUUUACCAUAAAAAUGGUAUAAUAAAAUGAAUAAUAAUGAUUGUUUUCUAAGCGAUGUAAAAUGAAGGGUCCUUUAGAAUAAAUGUUAUCAAACAGAAGUUGAUUUGCUUCAGUGUAUGAAGUUUACUUAGCAUGUUUGUUGCACUGUAUUCCACUAUGAUAUUUACAUUUACAUUGAUUCAUUCAGCAGAUGUUUUUCCUCAAAAGCGACGUACAAGAUAUGUGUUUAGAAGGACAGUUGGUGAAAAGGGGCACAUAUGAUCUCUUUAAUGAAUGCCCCCCAUCAAGAGAAACUAAAUAUAAAUGUAAUACUGCAGCUCCUGUGAUUGGAAGAGCUGUUACUGAUGAUAGAUGAAUAGUAAACUGGAAAUGCUGCACACUGGCAUUUUGUGUGCUCUUUCAAAGAUUUGUCUGGCAUGCCAGAAGGUGGCACUUAGAAGUGUCAUUUCGUGUUCAAUGUGUACAUUUUGCCAUAUAAAAUUGCUAACACUGUGUUGCUAAUUAAAGUUAAAGAGCUUGGAAAAAUCAGGAAAUCUCAGCAGCGACAACAGAUUGUAUGAAAUAUUGCUGCAUGCCUGCUGUGAAGUGUACAUGUAUCCAUGUCUGCUGCUCUGAUUCAUUUUGAAGUCAGUGCUCCUCCUAGUUUGUGUUCCUCUAUAAGCCAUUUCACUGACUGUGUGCUGUAGCUCCAAUAAAACCAAACACUGAUGUGCACAACACUGAGUUCCAUGUCUU